UAAUACUUUUGUAUGAUUGUCAUAUAAUUGUGGUGAAAUAGCAUAAAAUAAUAUUUAAAACUAAUUUUACUUGCGUGAUAAAAUAAACUGCUACGAAUAAUUGUUAAUUUUAAGAGUUUUUUGUAGUGGUAUUUUUAAUGUUGACCCAUAUUGUGAAAUGAUGUCAAGGUAUUGCUGAAAACAUGCAAGCUGCCAAAAAGCCCAUUAAAAAAACUACAAGCAAAGACAAACUGCAAGAAGAUAAAAUAAAGACACAAGAAGAAAAACUAAAGAAAACCACUUACAAUGUUUCGACUCCGCGGAACUUCGUGCAAAAGUCCACUACUGCUGAUAUUUAUAAAACUCCAAAAAAACUACCAGGGUCAGCAAAAGACUAUAAACAUUCACCAAUGAAAGACUAUUUAAAAUCCUCACCGUCGUCCAUAAGUCAAGUUAGUAGUUCAAGCAAAAUUAGUACUAGUAGAACUAAUAAUAGUACAAGUAAAGUUAGUAGCAAACCUAGAACCAAUGAAGCAAGCAAUAGUACUAAUAAAGCUAAAACAAGUAAUAUUACUAGCAAUGUAAGAGCUCGAACAGCUAAAGAUCUACCAUUUGUGAAUGUUACUGUUAAUUCUCCUAUAGCUAAGAGAAAGUUAGAUUUAAAUAUAAGUAACGAUAAAGCUAUAGAUAAAUAUAAGCCUAAAGGUGAUAUUAGAAAAGAAAAAGACGAGAAAGAGGUUAAAGAUAUUAAAAUAAAUGAAAAAGAUAAUGGAGAACGAGUUAGAACAAAAACAAGGACUUUGGAUGAAAAUGAAGUGAAAGAAUUGACACCUGAUAGAAUAGAUAAUAAUGAAGAAAUGAACAAUUUGAAACAAAAGUUGAUGGCGAGACCGAAGGCUUUUUUUGUGGGGCUAGACGAAGAUAUGAAUAAGGCUCCAACAAAAAGCGACGAAGAAGUAAGUUACGAAGAUGAUUUCGAAAGCUACGAAUCUGACUUUGACUCUUACCACAGCGAGAAUAGUAACCAAGGAAGCUCUGAACAUGAGUCAGAAGGUAGGGGAGAUAUGGAGGUUGAUGGAGAAGCAGGGGAGAGAGAAAAGGAAAAGGACGAGGAAAAUAUGCUGGAUUCAGGGAGCUUCGACCUUCGCGAGCAGCGCUCAGCUAAAUCCAAGCCGGCGGCCAUGGAGUUUAUCCGAGAAACAGAAGAAGACAAGGCCAGUUCUCUGGAUGAGGGUUUUCAGGACAGUUCCAGUGCUGUUUCUAGCAUGAGGACAGUGGAGGUGCUGGAGAGACCUCUCUUCAUAGAUUUCAACAAAUCAAAAGAAAAGAAACGAAAGAAACGCAUAGUCGAAAACAUGCUGCGUCGAGCAAAAGACAUAUUGAGCAUGGUAACACUGCACGAAAUGUCGUUCACGCUCUUAGAAAUGAAGCCUAUAUCCUACGACUUGUAUAUGUCAACAUUCGGCCGAACUAAUUAUACGCAAAGUGGAGUUCAAACUUUUGAUGAUGGCAUCACUGAAGAAAUUCAAACUGAUGAGAUUGAUGUGGAGAAUAAAUGGACCCAGCAUCCUGUAAAAUUUUCUAAAGCAGAUAUUUAUUUAAAUGAUCAUACUUUAAAGAAAAAUAAAAGGAAUACUGAUGAUUAUACGUCGAAAUUUAAGUUUUUAUUCGAAGAUCGUGGGAAAAAUGAUUUUGAUGCAUUCAAAGAAUACAAAGAUAAUGAAUUAAGAAUUUUACUUGAGCAAAAAAGUGGGGUUGGUAGUUGUGAAAUGUUGCCAUAUGAAAUAUAUAAAAGUAAAUUAAAGGAUGAUUUUAGUACGAACGCAUUGGGAAGGUUUUUAAAGAAGGUUGAAAGAAAAGUCAGCCAUGUUUUAAAUUUAAAUGGCACGGUAUCGGGAAAUAUAACGAAAUCAAACUUACCUUUUAGCUCUGGUUAUGUCGGUAUAACAACUAAGAAGAUCUCAGAAGAGAAGUCUUUUCUAAAACACGCAAAAAUUACUAGUUUAAUAUUUUCAGAGGAUAAAAGUAAUUUAGUUUUAACGGUGCAUAAGAAAUUUACUAAUGGAGUUUUGGCGGGGAAAAGUCUAGUUUGUCUAUGGGACGCUAGUGUUGCCAGGAGUGAGCCGAUAAAAAUUUUGGUUGCCAUAGAUAAUGUGGUUUUAGGAAGAUUUAGAGGAAAUACUGAUGGAUUGCUAGUAGCCGCUUUAGAAGAUGGUUCCUUGCAUCUUUGGGAUUUGUCAGAAUCACCGACAUGGCGGGAAGAUGUUGCCAGCUCAAAGAAAGAUGAGAUAGUCAAAAUAAAUGCAGAAUUAUUGACUGCAGCCGAAACUGACAGGGAAUAUAAUCAGAAUAUCAAUGUUAAUGAUCAGCGCCCACAGAUACCCCACGCGUUGCAAGCGUGCGCAUACACGAGCAGUGCUGCCAACUUGACUGACGGAGAGGCCAUUGACCGCACGGUGGGGCUGGAGUUCCUCAGGGCGGCGCAAGCGCAGGACAGCGGGAGAAGAGUUGUAGGACAGAUCUGUUCAUUACAACGACUAGGAAUCAUAACAAUAUGGACGAUAAUUCAAGAUAAAUCCAAUACUCACGUCUUAGGCAAAGCGUUCUGGUCUAAAAUGAAACUAGACAAAAUUCAAACAAUAUCUCUAGCCAAACUCUUGAGCGCUAAAGACGUAAGCGAUAAUGCUUUUAAUCUGAACGCUGGUAAAAAAAGAAUGUCAAAAAGAAAACAAGAGAAAAUACUGGCAAGAAAUUAUACGCGCCAAAAAUCGGCAGAAAGUGACAUUGACAGACCGCGCAGUGUUGCAAGCGCAAGAAAAUUGCCAGUUGAAAAUAAAUUACCCCACGAUUGGGAAAGUGGGAUCGUUUGUGGCGAUUUGAAAAUUGUGCAGUAUAAUAAUAGUGAUAGGUUUUUGGUGGCCAAGAAUAAUGGGGAGGUUUUGAGUUGUACGAGGAGUUUGGGCGUUGUGAAGAUUGAGAGGCUGUGUGUUUCUACGGACACCUCAUCCAUAACUUGCCUGGAGGUUUCACCCCAUGGACCCUAUUUCCUCGCAGCAUCAGACGCUGGAACUAUCAGCCUGUACUCCCUGGUGGAGGCCAGAGUACUGCUUACACUUGACUGCCGCAACAGCCCUCCGCAAGAACCAUCGGGACCCCAAGCUGACUUCAAGGGAAGGUUCGUCGAUAAACCACGCAUUCACAAUCAUAGCGCUGGUGAUAUCAAUAUAACUAGCAGAUUGUCCAUGACAUCAGUCCUCUGGUCCCGCAUCAACCCGUUCUGCAUCUUCACGGUUUCCCCUGAAGGCCUUUCCUGCUGGGAGCUGACUCACAGCGAUAUAUACCCUAAACAUACUGGCAUAAAUUCCACAAUGGCCUGUAUAUCCAGCGAUGGAGCAUUAGCACUGGUGACAAACGAAGGAGACGUGCAAGUACAUCGGCUGUCCGACACCAAAGAUAAAAGCAUAGACUAUUCGAACCUAUUCCGCAAAUACAUAGCCCUUUUAUAGAGACCGUAGACCAGUUGAAUGUAAUAGUAAUAACUGCAAUGUUGUUUGUGCCGCCAGAGUGCAGCACUGGCACAUGUUUUAAACCAUAGAGCAUAUAGAAGUAUAAGUAAAGAAAGAACAGUAACUCCAUACAUCAGUUAUCUUACCAAAAUGCUAGUUAUUUCGUAGUCGACACCUAGCGUCAAAUAACGGAAUUUAUCAGUACUGCUAGUUGACAAUAGUUGUCGCGACGAACGAAAACUCUAAUGCUCAACAAUUUUCAGCUAAUAUUAUAACCGGAUUAACCGGAACUCUAUUUUCGACUCUUUCAGCUUGUAAUAGGGACCGUGCGCGUUGGAGGGUCUGCCAUCUUGUGGCUUGAAUCGGAACCAUAAACAUGUACAUUUACAUGUCACGUGUUUUCUUGUGCAUAGUAGGGUCUGCCAUCUUGUGGGCUACAUCGGAACAAUAAACAUCACAUUUACGCCUCGCGCCAAAAAUCUGACGGCUCCUGUGCUGCCUCCUACAGUUCAUGCACGAUCCCUAAUAUUAAUUGUAAAUUGUUUUGGCAUUAAAUUUUUCGUCAUUUGCGACACUUGUGACAUCUGGUAUCAAAUAGCGGUACUGAUAAGUCCACUACUUGAUGUUAAAUGUCGACUAUGAAAUAACUCGCAUUUUGGUAAGAAAACUGAUGUAUGGAGUUACCACUUUUUCUGUACUUAUAUUUCUCUAUGCCAUAGAGUAACUUUUAAUAUACCAAUUGCACAUAGUUUACCCUCUGGGUUGGAAGGUCAGAUGGCAGUCGCUUUCGUAAAAACUAGUGCCUACGCCAAAUCUUGGGAUUAGUUGUCAAGCGGACCCCAGGCUCCCAUGAGCCGAGGUAAAAUGCCGGGACAACGCGAGGAAGAAGAAUUGCACCAUCCCACUAACCCCGGACAAAGAGAAUUUGAAAUAGAGGCGGAUUGUUAAAGAAAACUUUAUAGCUACCGUAAAUUUAUUGCCAUCUUUCGACACAUGAUUAAAACUUUUAGAACGCCAUUUGAAUUUCAUUCUUGUCCUUACACUGAUAUGUGUUAAAUUUGUUAAAUAUCAAAAAGUGUCGGAAAUGGCAGUAAAUUUAGUGUGGCUACAAAAUUUUCUUUGACAAUCCAUCUCUAUUUCAAAUUCCCUUUGCCCGGAUUUAACCGGUUAAUCGUUAACCCCACUGGAUUGACACUUCAAGUUGUACCAUGGUACCGGUUAACUCCGGGUUAGUGGAAUGGUGCAAGUGGCGCUUAACCUUUUCAACGCUUUUCCACACGUGUCAAGAAAUGCCAUGGACGCCAAAAAGUUAACUGGUGAAGAGCGAAUAUGAAGCUUAACUGACAGUAGGAAAGUCGCUUUGACAACGUCCGCCAUAGCCUUUUUAAUGGUCAUUGGCGUCGCGGGCACGACAGACGAUGACCGUUUUAGUGGUCUUUGGCGUUGAAAAGGUUAAAAUAUUAAAAGUAUCCAUUACUGAAACAAUAAGAAAUUCAUUAAAGUUUUUGAAACGAUUUAUACACCCAUGUCUGUUUGUAUUAAGAUUUAAAGUUGCCUUUGGCUAAGAUACUUGUAAAUAUGAUUGCUUUUUAAUCCAAUAAGAUUAACACUGCACUGAUAUCUUGAAAUAAAUUAAUAUUUAGUAGGA